AUGGCAUUCAAAUUCAUCGUCUUCGCAGCCUUCGUAGCAGUAGCUCGUGCCGGAGUCAUCCAACAAUCCUACUCCGCACCUCUGGCUUACGCUGCGCCAUCAGUAGCCAAAGUAUCAUACUCAGAAGCUCCGGCUGUAUCCUACUCCAGCAUAUCAGCUCCAGUAGCGUACGCUGCAGGUCCAUCAUACGCCAAAAUAGCUACUCCAGUUUCCUAUGCUGCCCCAGCACACUACGCUGCUCCCGCUCAAUAUGCCGCCCCAAUCGCGUAUGCCGCCCCAGCUCAAUAUGCUGCACAAGUUCAAUAUGCUGCACCAGCUCAAUACGCUGCACCAGCUCAAUAUGCUGCACCAUCUCAUUACGCCGCUCCAGCUGUAUCCUACGCCGCUCCAGCAUACAAAGUAGCUGCUCCUGUAGCCUAUGCUGCACCAGUACACCACAAAACCAUCAUCUCUGAACCCGAAACUCCCGCCCACUACGAUUUUGGUUACAGCGUUAACGACCCUCAAACCGGAGACAGCAAAAGCCAGCAAGAAUCUCGUCGUGGUGAUGUCGUCCAAGGAAGCUACUCCCUUGUUGAAGCUGAUGGAAGCAAACGUAUUGUAGAAUACCAAGCCGAUGCCCACAAUGGUUUCAACGCUGUUGUUCACAAGGAACCCGCUCAAGUACAUGUUAAAGCCGCUCCUGUAGCCUAUGCCGCGCCUGUAGCCUAUGCUGCUCCUGUAGCCAAGUACGCUGCUCCCCUUUCUUACGCUGCACCUGCUCAAGUUUCUUACGGUGCUCCAGUAGCUAAAUACGCUGCUCCUCUAUCUUAUGCCGCACCUGUAGGACACCAGGCUUACUACCACUAG